GGCUGUGUUUGCUCCUCGCAUAUCAAAAAAAUUCAAAGCCGCGUUUGCGCUGCAUUAGUUGAAAAAUCUGCACAUUGCUGCGACUAUAUAAGGAGUGUUCUCCAACUGCUCUCUUUCAUCACAAACUUCCCUCUUAGUUGUAUUUUUGAGCCAUGGCAUUCCCUACCCAUUUCAUCACACUCUCCCUCCUUGCCCUCCUUGCAUGCACUGCACGCGCGCAGCUCUCCCCUAACUUCUACGCUACCUCUUGCCCGACGUUGGCGUCGAUGGUGCGUGAUGUCAUGAACCAGGCCAUCACUAGGGAGCCUCGGUUGGGCGCUUCCAUUCUCCGACUCUUCUUCCACGAUUGCUUCGUAAACGGAUGCGAUGGAUCAAUCCUUCUUGACGAUGUCGGUUCAUUCGUCGGUGAGAAAAAUGCUUUGCCAAACCAGAACUCUGUACGUGGGUUCGAAGUGAUCGACGCCAUCAAAACUCGUGUGGAAGCCACUUGCAAUGGGACCGUUUCAUGUGCAGAUAUCCUAGCACUUGCGGCUCGUGAUGGAGUCGUCUUGCUACGUGGACCGUCGUGGGCUGUGCCCCUUGGACGAAGGGAUGCAAGAACAGCAAGCCAGAGUGCGGCAAACAGCCAGAUUCCUGGCCCAGGCUCCAACCUACCCACCCUCCUCAACAUGUUUGCUGCCAAAGGCUUGAAUUCGCGUGACCUGACUGCACUCUCCGGCAGCCACAGCAUAGGCCAAGCACGGUGCACCACAUUCCGCAGACGUAUCUACAAUGACACGAACAUCGACCCGGCAUUUGCAACAACCCGAAGGGCCAAUUGCCCGACUGCAGGUGCAGGCGCCAACUUGGCUCCGCUCGACAUCCAGUCCACAGACCAAUUCGAUAAUAAUUACUAUCAGAACCUUCGGGUCCAGCGCGGGCUACUUCACUCGGACCAAGAGCUCUUCAACAAUGGAUCACAGGAUGCAUUGGUCACUGCUUACAGCCUCAACAACGGGCUCUUCGCAAGUGAUUUCGCGGCUUCAAUGGUGAAGAUGGGCAACAUUGGGCCACUUACUGGAACUAAUGGGGAGGUUAGAAGGAAUUGCAGGAGGGUGAACUAAGUGCUUCUAGAAGGAAUUGCAGGAGGGCGAACUUAGCGCUUCUAUGUUUUAACUAGUCCUUUGGAAAUUAAACAAGUGUAUGUGCCUCGCUUGAGGGAAACGAAUUGAAUAAGCAUGCAUUCUGAU